AUGACAGUUGGAAGCAAUGAUGCUCCACCUAGUACUGGCACCCAAACUGGGACUACGGUUUUGGGGACCUCUGGUGGCACAUCGGACAGUAUCUCGAAAGGCAGAACUUCCAGUACCGAUACUGCACCCACUACAACAUUCGGGAAUCUUGCUCCGCAAAUACCAGCGCCCUUUAUGGUGGUUGGUGGACUACUUGUAGGGGCUUUGCUGCUGUGA